CUCUGAGAGAGCCGUAUUCUUUUCCUCUUCCCGUCACUGCUGCGAGGUCCUCCUUACGGCUCGACGUUGCCUCCUUGCCCACUAGCCUCAUGCUCCUGUGCAGCGGCAGCAGCAGCAGCAGCAGCAGGAUCGGAGCCAGCUGUCGACGGAGCUGACGCUGCUGCUUCACCGGACGUAGCGACUGCUUUUGCCAGGUCUUCGAGAAUGCCCUGCGCUUUAGGAUUGGCUGAUUCUUCGAUGCCGCCCGCUUCCGGUUUGGCCGUACUCGGUCGAUUUGCUCCAUUAGCGGUCGUCCCUCGCCGUGAAGUGCUUCUCCUCCCACCUGAGGCGACGUCUACAAAGUUACAUCUCGCCCAAGCCGUAAUAGCAGCCAAGUCCUCGACGGAGUACGGGGGAGGCUGCGGCGGCCCCGUUAGUGCUGACGCCUGCGUCGCUCCAGGUGCUGUCGAGUCUACGAGUGCAGUCGCCGAGCCUGGUGUUGGUGAUGCGCCUUUCUUGCUCGGGAAAGGCUCAGCGCCUCUCGAGGUACCCGCAACGCCGCCAGCUGAGGCGCUACCUUUUCUUCCGCCGCUGGACGAGCCUAGGCCGUUACUGCUGCUACUCGCUGCGCUGCGGUCGCCGAGUAACGGUGUCGAUUCUGAAGCAUCUCCUCCACUCGUACUCCCAUUCGCCCCUCUGCCUCGCGCUCUACGCCCUGGUAGACAGCAUAGACAGUACGAGAAGAGCUCAUGCGCCAUCCUCUGGAUGGGCUUGCUUGGCUUAGUGCCUGACGUUGGUCGUUGCGGGGCUGGUUCACCAAGAGGCACAGCCGGUAGAGGGCCGGUUCAAUGAGGCUGAACCGACAGGCAGUACUGAGGUGAGGAAGAUGUCGUGGUGUAUAUGCAGAAGAGCGCUGCCUCCCUCCUCAAUGCGAUUUCGGCCCUUGCAAUGCGUGAGGAGCGGAGGACGAUGGCUCUCGCGAUGCCGACUUGCGAAGCUUCCUCUGCCUCCUUCUCAGGCACCGCCCGAGGGGAAAAUCGCUUGAAUCUGCCGGUGAGGCGUGACGUGGAGCGUGAGUAGCCCGCGAGAAGGGAUUUCGCUGUCUAAAGUGCGGGAUGAUGUGACGGGCGCCGCCGUCGUCGUCGAUCAGGAGGUGUCUUGUGUUGUUGUGGAGAAGCGGAUGAAUGCGAAAGCGAGGUCAGGGCAAGAAAGAUGAAGAGGUGAAAUCGAAGGCAGAUGUUGAAGAAGGGGAAGAAGAAAGAGAGGAGCAGAGCAAGCAAGGCAACGUUCUUGAGCACGCAAUCCUCUGCG